AAACAGUAAACCACCACACGCCAUUUUCUCCCCAAAACGGUCCUUUUUGUGGAAAGAUUAGUUGGGGCGCUCCUGGCUUUGUCUUGCCCCUUAAUUUUACUACUCGUAUUUCGAAAUAAGCCCCCUCCGCAUCUUCCCGAGUCUGGGUUUUUCGCAGCAUCUACACUCAGUACAUCUGAGGCCCUCGUGUGUUCGUGAUUGGCGAAUCAAGUCGCUGGCAUAACAAUUUUUUGUUCGUCACCUUGAAUGGCCAGCCAUCCAGCGCCAAAGGUCAUCUUUAUAGGAAAUAGAAAUUGACUGACCGGGUCUUACAUGUAAAACAAUGUCUGACGAUGCGAGUGAAAGAGUGACAAGAAGUGGGAGAAGGUCCAUGCCCUCAUCGCCUACUAAACUAUCUGAACGGAGAUCAUCAGCUGACUCUUCGUCAAGUGAGAGAUGUACCCUCACCGGUAAAAGACAAAGAACAUGUGAUUCUGAAGAUGACAAUCCAGGCUCUCCUGGAAAGUCUAGUCUGUCUUCUUUAGCAAAAAGGAGUGAUCCAGACCAGUGUGACGGUCUUCAUAGCAGUAAACGUGCCCGUACCUCUGAUGAUGACCAUUCUGUGAGUUCGCAGGAACUUUCAUCAAACCGUGAAAAUAACGGGGAUCAUUAUUCUGUCCAAAACGUUGAUGGAGAGAACUUUAUCAUGGACGACAGUGAUCCUGAAGUUUCAUUUAAGGAAAACAGCUUUAGAGUGACUGAGGAGGAUGUGAAAUCGGAUAAUGAAGGGGAGGCAGAGACAAAUGUGGAUGUGGACAAAAGUGAUGUUCCUUUAACAAAGGAACCUACCAAAGUGGAAAGUCUUAGUGUGAGUGAUGUACUCUCCAAUGAUGAUCAGGGAAAUAGUCAAGAUUCAGAGAAUGGCGUCAAAAAUACAGAUAUACUUGAAAAGGAGCCAGUUAAAACUGGUGAUAAUGAUGUUAAAUCAAUUUCAGCUGAUGUACUUGACAUUAAUGCAAAGGAGGAAAGUGUCGAGAGUGUUCCCGAGAUAUCAGAAUCUAAAACAGAACCUAAAAAUUCAGAGAAGGAUUUUGAUAAAAAAUUGAAUGAUAAGUCAAAGGAACCAGAGAAAAAGGUUGCCUUGGCCGAUGAACAGGAGACUGUGUGUGAAAAAGAUGAAACUACAGAAUUGAAAGAAACUACAUCUGAAAAAGAUGAAACUAAGGAAUCGAAUACAUCUGAAAAAGAUGAAACUAAGGAAUCAAAGAAUGUUUCUGUAAAAAAUAUAGAGGCAGUAGAAAAUACAGCAACUGAAAUAGGUGAUGAAAGUGGUAAAGACAAGGGAGAACAGAAAGAUGUUGAAAUGAUGGAGGUGAUAGAGGAUGAGUCUUCAGACAAGCCACAAAGUGAAUCUUGUAAAGAACCACAGAAUUUAUCAGUUAUCAACGAUGCAAGUGAAAAUAAGGACGAGGCACACAACAAAGAAAACGAUUCCCAAUGCGCCAAUACAGAUAGUUCAGCGGAAAGUGAGCGUAUUCAGCGAUUGAGAGAAGAAAGAAAAAACUCGUCAUCACCAGAGGAUAUUAUAGUGUUGUCAGAUGACUCGUCUGGCCCAAUGAUGAAUGGUAUCGAAGAUGAUAGUUCAGAUGCAUCAUCACCUAGACCUCCCAAAAAUGGAAUUAAAACACUUACCCCUGAACAGAACAGCGAACGUGAUAAACUUAUUAGACGAUUACAAGAAGAACUCAGGAACGAAGAAGCAAAAUUACUACUUUUGAAAAGAUUGCGUCAGAGUCAAUUACAGCCAGCUGUAGUGAAGGAUCAGUCAACUGCACAAAGCGGUGUUGCGGGUAAACUGCCAAUUCCUCGUAACCCUACUGCUGCACCUCCACCACUAGUACGCGGUGGUCAGGUACCAAAGCAGCAACAACAGGUAAUAAUGCCACAGCUUGUGAGAGGAAAUCAGCUACAGACUUUAAGAACACAAGGAGGAGCACAGGGUCCCCCACCACUCAUGCUAGGGCCUCGCAGUGGAUUACACAUUCAGCAGCCUCAGUUGGUAAGACCACCCAUUGUGAGAGUGGGGAAUAGCUCUAAUCUGGUGACAUAUGCUACUACUCCCACCACGUACACUUCAAUGCAACAAAUGGUGCAGUCGCAGCAGAUCAAAGUCUCCACACCUAUGUCUUCUAUGUCGAAUGAGUCGCCUGCAAGUCGUCAGGCUGCGGCUAAGUUGGCAUUGAGAAAACAACUAGAAAAAACAUUGUUACAGAUUCCACCACCAAAGCCACCACCACCAGAACUACACUUCCUGCCAAGUGCUGCAAACAAUGAAUUCAUCUACUUAGUCGGCUUAGAAGAGAUUGUAAAUAGAUUAAUGGAAGAUCCCAAUAAGGUAAAAGAGUUCAUAGAACCAUUUAUCUGCACUCAAUGUAAGACUGACUUUAGUACAGUCUGGAAGAGAGACACAAAGAGAACCACUGGUGUCGUUUGUGAGAAUUGCGUGGUAACAAACCAGAAGAAGGCACUGAAAGCAGAACACACUAACCGUCUCAAAACUGCCUUUGUCAAAGCUCUACAACAGGAACAGGAGAUUGAGCAGAGGAUGAGCCAGUCUACUGCUUCAACCAACAAUUCUACUCACACCACACAUCGAGAACACCUACAAAAAGUGCAGCAAGAGCAGAUGAGACAACAUCAGCAGUUAGUACAGGCUCAUCAGCAGCAAAUGCAGCAACGUCAGCAGGCGAGGCAGGUGUAUACACAUAUACCUCAGGCUCAUCUCCAGCCUGGUAUAACAUAUGCGUAUAUCCCACAGAUAUUGCCCAAGUCUCAAGUAAUAACUACCACUGCCCAAGCUAACGACAGACAACGAGAAUAUCUAUUGGAUAUGAUACCAUCAAGAACAAUACAGACUGUAAACUGGAAGCAGUAAAUGCCUUAUUUGGUGAAUUUCUGCACAACUGGAGUCGCUGUUAAGAUUUGGAAUUUUGACUCGAGACUUGGGAGACGCUAUACAGUUCACAAAUCCCUUGUCUCUAGAUAUUAAGAUGUUUAUAAAUAGAUAUUCGUAAUUUAUUUAUGGUGGUUCAAUAUUUAAACGCCUGUAGUGUUGGAAUCGAACAUGUCCUAGUGAGAAUUAGGUUUCAGUGACCAUGUAAAGGCAAAGAAUUCUGCCCACCCUACUUUACAAACAAAUUAGCCCAUCAUUGAUUACUGCAGUGAUAAUUUUCUCUUAUUAUAAUUAUUCGAGGAACAAUGUUUUCAAAGCAGCAUAAACUAAAUUUUGGUUGCAAUUGUGUGAACUUGUGAUUAUUAUUACUGUAUCAAGUGCAGCUUUAUUAAAAAUAAAACAAGGCAGCUUAUUUCACUCUAUACUUUUAACACUACAGGAACAUUUUCCUUGUGGUCACUGUAUUGCACCAAUUCUGAAAAUAAAAUAUCUUUUGGUGAAUUUCUUCAAAUUUGAACAAA